UUGACCUUCACAUUUCAUUCUUAGAGACUCUCUCAAAGGAAGCAUUAGUAGAAGAGAACUUUAGCUAUCAUUAUUAUGGGAUUAAGCUGCACUAAGGCACAAGGCCCGAAACAGCAAAAUGUUCAGGGCCCAAAGAAGUGCGGUUUCCUUAACUUUUUGAAAAAGAUGAGAAAAAAUACAAAGCGAGAUACCGACAGGGAUACGGUUGCCAUGCCCGGCUCUGAUGAAGGCAAGGAUAAAGGAGAGCAGGAGAUCUGCCCAGUGGCCAUGCCCGGCUCUAAGGAAGCCAAGGAUAAAGGAGAGCAGGAGAUCUGCCCAGUGGCCAUGCCCGGCUCUAAGGAAGCCAAGGAUAAAGGAGAGCAGGAGAUCUGCCCAGUGGCCAUGCCCGGCUCUAAGGAAGCCAAGGAUGAAGGAGAGCAGGAGAGCUGCCCAGUGGCCAUGGCCGGCUCUGAGGAAGCCAAGGAUAAAGGAGAGCAGGAGAGCUGCCCAGUGGCCAUGGCCGGCUCUGAGGAAGCCAAGGAUAAAGGAGAGCAGGAGAGCUGCCCAGUGGCCAUGCCUGGCUCUGGGGAAGCCAAGGAUGAAGGAGAGCAGGAGAGCUGCCCAGUGGCCAUGCCUGGCUCUGAGGAAGCCAAGGAUGAAGGAGAGCAGGAGAGCUGCCCAGUGGCCACGCCUGCCUCUGACGCGGGCAAUGAGGAGGGAGAGAAGGAAAUGAGCCCAGUGGCCAUGCCCGGCUCCGACGCAUACAUAAAUUCUGCUGGCCGGUGCUGGAAUGUCGGUUCCCGGCCGGCUCCGACCCUUCUUCCGCGCCUUAACGGCACCCGGCUCAUCUUCCAGCGGUGA